AAGAAGAGAUGGAUAGAGAUGAAUCCACAAGAAGGAUUCUGAAAAAGAAAAUUCAGAACAUCGUCUUUCAACACCUGACAUCUGUCAUCAAUAAUAAUGUCAACGUCAAAUAAGGUUGAUAUUUGUCAUUGCCACAAAGAUCAAUGCCGACAAUCAUCACCAACGCUAAGACCUACAAUCGACUUCAAUAUCAGCACCCAUUAUUAACAAAAAAGCAAAUUUCUAUCAUCUACACUAAUAAGAUCGAUGUCCGUCACCGCCACCAAGAUCAAUGUCCAUAAUCAUCACCAAGCCUAAGAUCUACCAUCAACUUUAACAUCAAUACCCAUUAUUAACAAUAAGGCAAAGUUCUAUCAUCAAUAGAUCCAAUUACCAACAAAGCUAAUGCCCAUCUUUUAACAUCCUUAUAUUAAUACAAAUGAAACGAGGGACACCAUCCAGACACCUGCUCUACAUCCGGACGUCAAUAAAAUGUCGCUACGUGCUCUUACUCUUUACCGUGCAGCCCGACCGACUACCCAACCCGGACCGGAACCCAAUAUUGCUAUGUAUUAGCUGAUUUGUACAGAUCAGGAUAUUGUUAGGUUUUGCUCGGUAUUGCUCGGUAACGAAAAAAAAACCAUUCUGUCAAGACCAAUACCGAGCAAUACCCUAGUUUUGCUAGGUAUUGUUCGGUAUUGCUAGGUAUUGAUCGGUAUUGGUCUUGACAGAACGGUAUUUCUCGUUAUUGCCAAACAAUACCCAGCAAUACCUAGCAAUACAUGAAUAUAGCAAUACCGGGUUUCCGUUCCGGGUCAGAUCGUCGGGCGCGCGGUAAAGAAUAAGAGCAUGUGACGACAUUUUAUUAACGUCCGGAUGUAAAGCUACGUCAGGUGUCCCGACCUACUAAAAAUUCCCUUAGAUGAGGAAUUCCUAGUGAUCGACCGAAUAGCUGGCUUUCUCCUAUUUAAAUUAUUGGUAUCCAGUCAAAGCCCUUUCGUUCCGGCCGAAGUACCAUGGUGACCACCUGCCUGGAAAACAAGCUCCUCGGCGGCGAUGAGGAGAAGUUCACACCCUUCCUCCUCUUUUCCUGCUUAGUUGCCUCCUCCGGUGGACUCUUGUUCGGCUACGAUCUCGGCAUCUCAGGGGGGGUUACCUCCACGGAGUCUUUCCUCAAGCAAUUCUUCCCCGGUGUCUACACCGCCAUGAAGCAAGACGCUAACAUCAGUAACUACUGCAAGUUUGAUAGCCAGCUGCUCACCCUGUUCACCUCUUCACUCUACUUCGCCGGCCUUUUCGCCUCUCUCUUUUCUUCCCAAGUCACUAAUAGAUUAGGCUGCCGGUUUUCUAUGCGCACUGGCGGCGCUUUUUUCUUUGCCGGAGCCAUUAUCGGUGCCGCAGCAAUCAACGUCCACAUGCUCAUCUUAAGUCGCCUCCUUCUAGGCUUUGGCGUUGGCUUCACCAAUCAGACCGUCCCCUUAUACCUGUCAGAGAUGGCACCGGCGAGGUACAGAGGAGCAAUUUUCAACGUCUUCGAAAUGUGCAUCAAUGGGGGAAUCCUGCUCGCAAAUCUCAUCAACUACGGCACCCAGAAAAUCGAAGCCGGUUGGGGCUGGAGGCUGUCUCUCGGCCUAGCCGCAAUCCCCGCCACAGUUCUCACCGCCGGCGCAUUCUUCAUCUCAGACACUCCCACAGGAAUAUUCCGGCUAGGCGGCGAUCUCCAAGAGGCGUCGCGUGUUCUGCAGAAGAUCCGAGGAACCACCGACAUCACCAAAGAGCUCGACGACCUUGUCGCCGCGACCGCCCGAGCUUCCUCUGCAGCUGCAACCCAACACCCUUUGCGAAGAAUUAUUCGACGAAAUUACCGACCCCAACUUGUGAUGGCCCUCAUCCUCCCCAUCUUCCAACAGUUAACGGGCAUCAACUUGGUGACUUACUAUGCUCCAACAAUGUUCCGAUCAGUCGGUCUCGAGGAGAGCGCCUCCCUGCUAUCAUCGUUGAUAACGAGACUCACGGCCACGGCGUGCAAUCUCGUUGCCAUGGCGUUCGUCGACAGGUUCGGGCGGCGGAAAUUUUUCUUCUUUGGCGGAAUCCAAAUGUUUGUUUCGCAGGUGGUGGUGGGAGUAAUCAUGGCGGCGAAGCUGGGAGACCAUGGCGUGAUGAGCAGAGAGUACGCGAAGCUGAUGUUAUUGUUUCUUAGCUUAUAUGUUGCGGGGUUUGGGUGGUCGUGGGGGCCGUUGCCAUGGCUGGUGUCGGAGAUGUUUCCGCUCGAGAUAAGGUCUGUGGGGCAGAGUAUAGUGGUGAUGGCAGGGUUUUUGUUCAAUGCAGUGAUAGCGCAGAGCUUGCUGUUAAUGCUCUGUCAUAUGAAAUGGGGGAUCUUCUUCUUCUUCGCGGGAUGGGUAUUGUUGAUGACUGUGUUUGUGUUUUUGUUCUUGCCGGAGACGACGGGCAUGCCGCUGGAGCGGAUUGGAAGGGUGUGGAGAGGCCAUUGGUAUUGGAAGAAGUUUGUGGAGUCUGUGGAGGAUAAGGAACCAGCGGAGGUGAAUGUAAUGUGAGGACUUCCAUUCAGAGACAU